AUGAAAAAGUUCAUGAGGAUAUUGACACCAGAAGUUGACAAAAUAGAUCCUGAGAAAGUGAAGAGAGCGAGGGCUUAUCAGAGGUUUACGCAGCUGGUAGAUGAUAUUGCUGAUGUGUCUACAGAUGUAAUCUACAAAACAGAUUCAGAUGUCACAAAAAAUGCCAUAAUAAGAUAUGAGAAUUUGUUGGAAUUGAAAAGCUGUGCAGCUGAGCUUAAGGAACGAGGUUAUAUUCAUGCAGUGCCAUCACAGAAACUCAUCAAGCUGCUCAGUGCAUUGCAAAUGAACAUCCGUGUUGCUGUUUAUGUCUCUGUGAGAACUGAUCCUGAUGAUGAUCCUUUUGAAAGAAAACUUCUUCAUGAAGUUAGCUCUGAAACAGUUAUGAGAGGUAUGACUGCAUGUAUUACAGCAUUAAGUGUUUUGACAUCUCCAAAUGUUCCCAAAAAGGUGUGUUUGGAAGAGAUUCUUGAUGUAAUAAUUACAUUCUUGGAGAACCAGAUGCAGCACACAAUAUACCCAUUCUUUGAUUUACUUUCCACCUCUUCCUCAAAAACAGGUCCUACAAACAACUGUAGUAAUCUUAGAAGGAAGAAAGCAGGUAUGAAAAAGCAGCACACACUUUGUAAAGAAGGUAGUGAUCGAAUAACAGCAGUGCAGGUGGAGGAACAGGAGGGGAAAGCAAUAAAAGUUUUAUACCACCAAAUUGUGAAUGGAAUAUGCCAAUUAAUGGAAGUAGUCGCAUUAUAUCGUGCAGCUCCACAACACAUUUCUGCCAUGUGUUCCUUAUCUGUGAGCCCUUUCUUCAUCAACAACAUAGCAGAAAUUCAGCUGGCUGCACUACGUCUCCUAGGAAUUAUUUUUUCUACGUAUGAAAAGUUCAGGCAUGCUGUACUUGGAGGACUCCUUGCAAGUACAAUGAAAUCAUCAUGCAAUAACCAGAUUCUACGCACAUAUAAAAUUGACAGUAGUGGUAGCAUUCAGAUGCUUACUGCUGUUGUGUUACAACUUGUACAGUGUUCUGUAGACAUGUCUACAACCCUUAUGUCUGAGUCUGAUAUACAGUCUGUUCUAGUGAAGAAGCACAAGGCAGCAGUUAAAGCAGUGGGAGUUUUUCUUCUUGAAUUUUUAAAAAAAUGUGCAUCAAGUAAGAAGGAAGAUAACGCUUAUCGCAAGGCCUUCGAAGCUUUUGUUCAAGAUUUACUGAUUGCAGGGGACAAGCCAGAGUGGCCAGCUGUUCAUUCUUUCUUCUGCAUUCUCUGCAAUUUGUUUGCGAGAGGGCUUGAGAAGAAGGAUGCAAGUGUCCAGUUUCAUUUACUCUGUCUUCGCUGUUUGGGUUUGAUACUUUCAAAAGUACGGAGUGAUGCUGUAUUUUCACAAGGCAGAAUAAAUGAUGUUAUUCGUGUUGUGAAUUUGUUGAGAAGUCAAAAAAUGUCUGCUGGUGAAGAGAUAAUAUCAGAGAAACACUACAGUAAGGUGGAAAUUGUCGAAGCCCUACAGUAUGGGUUGAUCGAUUAUUUGACUGUAAACAUCAAUCAGAAUCAAGACAUCUCAGAUCCUAGACAUUAUUACCUGAUGAAGUGGUAUCUAGAUGACAGUGUGCCCCAACUGAAAGAAAGUAAAUGCAAAAAACUGAAGACCUCAAAUGAAGGAACCAUCACUGGAUGUCAGAAGAAUUCGCUAAACAAAUUGCAUAAGGAUGGAAGAAAUAGCAAGGGAAGCAAGGAAAACAAAAAUAAACAUAAAACUAAAAACCACAGUGGCAAUUAUUCUAAAAAGAAAUCUGAGGAAAGAAAUUGUGAAGCAAGUGUUUUGAAACAGAAGCAGUUACUUCUCAGUAAGAUGAUUUUAGACAAUGUUGAUCAUAUGAAAGGUUCUCUGACAGAAUUUACUAUAAACUCUGAGGAUGCCAAAUUGAUUUGUAAAUACCUUCAUUCUUGUGAAACAUUCUCAGAGAGCUCCAGUAUUUACCUCCAAUAUGUGAUAUGUGCAUUGUCUGAAAACUGUUCUGCCAUUUGUGCAGAAGCUAUUAAGUGUUUGAUAAUGAUAGUUGAAGCAGAUGCAUCUAUCUUGGGCAGAGAGGAUAUUCAGCAGUGUAUUAACCUCUCACUAGCUCACAGUUCUACCUUGGUGCGUGAAAAAACUAUUGAUCUCAUUGGAAAGUUUAUACUUACACAACCAGAUAAUUUUGAAAGAUAUUAUGAUUGCAUCAUGCAUUUCAUACAGGAUUCUGGUCUCAGUGUCAGGAAACGAGUGAUAAAAAUCAUGGAGGCAAUAUGUGAAAAAAAAUCAGACCAUCACAAAAUUCCAAAAAUAUGUGCAAAAGUGAUGGAAAGAAUCUAUGAUGAAGAAGAAAGUGUUCGGAAGCAAGUAAUGGCUGUGUUUUACAAUAUGUGGUUCAAAGAAGCAGCGGGUUCAGAAUUACAGAAAAGAGUGCACCAUAUCAUAAGUACAGUUUCAUCAGCUGGUGACAUGGGAAUUAAAUACCUCAAGGAACUUCUGAAAAGUAUGAAUGAACAAUUUCUGCAUACUAAUGUCCAAGAAGCUUGCCUUGCUGAAUGUGAACAGAUUUUGGGUUGCAUUAUAGAAAAUGUUGUAAAUUAUGGACAAACUGGUGUAGAUAAUCUCAUUUGGAGUUUUCGUGUAUUGUCUGUUAUGGCUACAGUUUGGCCUCAGCUCUUCGUUCCUCACAUUAUCAAUCUACAUACUUAUCUUAAUUAUCAUUGUGAGGUCCUCAACCAAGAAAUUGACCAGAGGAAGAACUCUGGCAACGAUAUAUGGACCUACAUACCAUGGCAAUAA